UAUUAUGCAAGUCUAAAUGGACCCACAAUCAUCACUCCCUUGCAAACCACACCAUCAUAUAGUGCCCUUACCCCCACCUUUACCCUACACAACCCACAAUGUUCCAUCCACUAGUAAAUAGUCAUGAACCAGAAACAACAACAACAAUAACAUGCCCCUCUUCCAAUGCUUUCUCUUUCCCACACCACACACACUCACUCACUCACACAUUUUAAUAUUUUAUUCUUCCCCUAGAUUCCCAUUAGGGUUCUCUUUCUCUUGCUCUUGCUUCAUUCACUCUCUUACAUACAUACAUAGUUACAUACACACACAUGCACUCACACUCCCACUCCCACAAUGUUCAGUGCCUACAACUACACCAAAUUCUUCGUCCUUCUCCUCUACACCCUUCUCAGCUAUUUCACCACUUGACCCUAAUGAUGAUGCUGAAAAGUGGAAACAAAACAAAACAAAUCACUUUUUGACCUAACUCCCACGUUCCCUAUGCAAUUAACCAUAGCCUCAAACCAAUCAUGCCAAAGGUAACAGAAGAGAAAGAUGGAUCUGAAACGGAAAGCCUCAAACCAAUAAUGGAUCCGUUUUCCUUUCCACAUUUAGCAACCGCCAAACCUAAUUUCUCCGCCAAGGGCCCUCUCCCGAUGAAACGCACCGUUCGGCCCCUAUUCUUGCUCCUCCUCAUUCUCGUCUUCGCCGCCACGCUCACCUCACGCGCCAUCGUGCGCCGCGGCAUCCUCUCCAUCGAGCUCGAGUCGCGCGCCCGGAUCCGCCGACAGCCUCCGCCGCCGCUCAACGCCACGCUCCUCCGCCACGCCGCCGUCGAAAUCGGCGAGGAGAAGUUCAAGCACGAGGUCCAGAGCCUCCUCGACGGAAACUUCGGCGGCCAGGCGCGCCAACGCACGUUCGUCUCCUGGCGCCGCUUCAUCCACCACGAGCGCGGCGUCUCCGCCGCCAACGCCAACCUACCGGCGACGCUCCGGUCGCCGCUGUUCUACCGGUACUGGCUCGACUUUCGGAAGGUUCUCCAUGACUGGUUCCGGAAGCGACGAUUCCAACCCGGGAUCAUGUCCGAGUUGACUCGGUCAGUUAAGGUUCCAAUUGAUUCUCACAACAAAGUAGUAACGAGUAGCAAUAAAUACUCCUCUUGUGCCGUGGUUGGAAACAGCGGAAUUUUGCUUAAUAGAGACUAUGGUAGUGCAAUUGACGCACAUGAGGUUGUUAUAAGAUUGAACAAUGCUAGGGUUGAUCACUUUGAGGCCAAGGUUGGGAAGAAAACUAGUAUUUCGUUUGUGAAUAGUAACAUUUUGCAUUUGUGUGCUAGAAGGUCAGGGUGUUUUUGCCACCCUUAUGGUGAUAAUGUUCCGAUUGUUAUGUACAUUUGCCAAGCCGUGCAUUUCUUGGAUUACACUGUGUGCAAUGCUUCUCACAAGGCUCCUUUGUUGGUUACGGAUCCUAGGUUUGAUGUGUUGUGUGCGAGGAUUGUGAAGUACUAUUCGUUGAAGAGGUUUGUGGAGGAGAGUGGGAAGGGUUUGGAGAAGUGGGGGGAGGCUCAUGAUGGGGCUCUUUUUCAUUAUUCCUCUGGGAUGCAGGCUGUGAUGCUUGCUUUGGGGAUCUGUGAUAGGGUUAGCAUUUAUGGGUUUGGGAAAUCGACUUCUGCUAAGCAUCAUUACCACACUAAUCAGAAGACUGAGCUUCAUUUGCAUGAUUAUGAGGCUGAGUAUGCGUUCUACAGGGACCUCGUGGAUGGUCACAGGCCCAUACCCUUUCUCGAGGACAGGUUUAAGGUUCCUCCUGUUGUCAUGUACCAUUGAUGGAUGCAAACUACGGCGGCAAGUGGUGGUGGAGGGUGUCUAUGAAUUGUUCUGUUAUUGUAAUCCUUGUGAAAUGCACAGAUAGUGGAAAGUGGAAUAUUGAUUCAAGAUUCGUUUUUGUGUUGUACUGUCCUACACGAAGCCUCAAGGCAACACCAAGUGUAAAUUUUGGUUAGAUCAAUACAGCUUUGACUUGUCAAUGAUUAAGCAUGUCCAUAUGUGAUUUUUGUUCAAGACUCUUUCUUUCCUUGGAUUCACUUUAAUUGGGGUAAUUUUGUUACACCGGCUAUGAUGACUUGCUAACCUUAUUCUGUUGUGCAUGCCUUCAAUUUGGAACCAAAUGAUCUGCUUAGGGCAUCUAUAUAACAUCAUGGCCUAUAAAUCAAACCAAAUGAUUCGGUAGAAGAUGCCGGGUAUCUCAAGUAAUAAACAUAAUCUUCUGCCCGCUUUUAUCCUUGACUAAAAAUAAAAGUAUUGCCGCGUCCUUUGCACACGAAGGGAAUAAGAAGCACUUUACUGGAUGAAUUGCGACUGUCUAACAACUUUGCAAAUGCUGGCGAAUGAAACCAAAACUAUUCUUUAAUUUGCACAUUUUUAAGGCUUGAGGAAGUCUUGCCACUUGGGGCGUAUUCCUCCUUGAUAUGAUCCAUACACGCACGCUUACUAUUUGGCCAAAUGCUAUUUAGAGGUACUAACUUGAAGGAAUUCCAUUUUAUUUUUAUGACUCCUUAUAACUUGAGGAUUAGACCCUUAAUCAUAAUUGUCAUCGAUGAUAACAGCCAAGUUA